UUUAAAGAAAAUUUUAAGUUUCGGCUAUGGCGAACAAUGGCGGAGGAGCUCCUCCGGCGCCAAUGCUCCUUCUCGCGCUCCCCAAUCCACACGCGCUGCUCGACAAUCCUCUCGCCAGGUCCGCGGCAUCCCGCAUUGAAGAGCUCCAGGGUAGAAUCAAGGAGGCCUUUUCACAGGCGCUAGCUUCGCUUCCUCCACAGCUACGUAAUCUCUUCCCGGAUCGAUUGACAGCUUCCCAGAUAUCCAGGCGAGCAAUUCUCUCGAAUCGUAGCAGCCCACUUCGUUGCCAGAACUUUGCCGCGAUAAUUCCCGGGGACUCUCUCGCCGAGCUCGUCGUCACCAGAGGCAUCACGAAUUUCUUCAGCCUCUACAACACUCUUCUCAUCGUCCGGAUUAUCUGUACUUGGUUUCCAGACGCUCCGCGAGCCAUCGUCAAUCCAAUCAGCACUGUCACUGAUCCUUACUUGAAUCUCUUCCGGGGACUGAUACCACCACUGGGAGGAACGCUUGAUUUUUCUCCAAUCCUGGCUUUCCUUCUUCUCGAUGCAUUCGGUAAUGCCGCUACUGCGCUGCCUGCCGAGUUACCCAAGCCGGAAGCUGGAAUUUCUGCUGCUGCUGCUUCUCGGCGGAACUGGAGACAGAGAAAGUUUCUUCCCAGGAAUAGCUCACCAUAGCUCGAGCUCUCGUUUUGUGGAAUCCAUCUGAUAAUGUGGAGCAGCAUUCCCAAAAUCAAUCAUUCACUCUUGCCGUGCCUACGUAAA